CAGCUCUCUUCCUCUUACGUCUUCAACGUCCAUCUGGCAACGUUUCUUCUUCAGUCCUUCUGCUGGAUCUGCUUCCCUGCUUUUCUGUGACCAUUAUCUUAUUUCACCUCUCAGCUUCUUUUACUUCCUUCUUUUCACCCUAUUCUCUCUUUACAGGCUCGGAUCUCUCCAUACCGUCGGUUCUGUCAGCCAGUAGUACCUACCCGCAUCACUAGCCGCUUCCCUCCCCGGCCCCUCACUGGAGUUUGCGCAAGGAACGGCCACUCAACGACCAUACGGAAAGUCUUGCUGCAGCAGGACUUUCACUUGAAAAUUUCCACGAUUCCCUCCAAUACUAGCACCAGUGAGGCUGCUAUUCUGGGGAAGCGUAGAGCAUCUCUCGUCCAGACAGCGCCUCGACCAGAGAAAAAGAUAAUGACCGACACAAAAAUGCAGGUUGAAAACCCGGGGGAGACUGUUGAGAAGAUCAAGCAGGGGGAGAUCGAUGAGUCUCUGUACAGUCGGCAACUGUACGUUCUUGGACAUGAGGCCAUGAAACGGAUGAGCUCGUCGAACGUCCUAGUUGUCGGUCUGAAGGGCUUGGGUGUGGAGAUAGCAAAAAACAUUGCACUUGCUGGCGUCAAAUCCCUUACCUUGUACGAUCCCGCUCCGGUAGCCAUCUCAGAUCUCUCCUCUCAGUUUUUCCUUCAACCUGAGGACGUCGGCAAGCCUCGUGCCGACGUUACUGCCCCGCGGGUUGCAGAAUUGAAUUCAUACGUUCCAGUCACGGUUCAUGAGGGCGGAAAUCUCGUGGAUAACCUUCAGCAACUCAAGCGCUACCAGGCGGUGGUUCUUACCUUGACUCCGCUGAAGGAACAACUUGCCAUUGCCGAUUUCUGCCAUAAACAUGGCAUCUACCUUACUAUCACCGACACUUUCGGGCUUUUUGGAUACUUGUUCAAUGACUUUGGGAAGAACUUUACGGUUGGUGACACCACGGGUGAGGAUCCUGUGGAGGGUAUCGUCGCUGAUAUUGAUGACGAAGGCCUUGUUUCUGCUUUGGAUGAGACACGGCAUGGGCUGGAAGAUGGAGACUACGUCACAUUCACUGAAGUCAAGGGCAUGGAAGGUUUGAACAACUCAGAUCCUCGCAAGGUCACUGUGAAGGGACCGUACACAUUCUCCAUUGGCGACGUUUCUGGUCUGGGCUCCUACAAGGGUGGCGGAAUCUUCAGGCAGGUAAAGAUGCCCAGAUUCGUUGACUUCCAAUCUUUGGAAGAGCAACUCAAGAAACCUGAGUUGAUGGUCUCGGAUUUUGCCAAAUUCGAACGGCCACUGCAACUGCAUAUUGGCGUACAAGCGCUGCACAGGUUUGCGGAAGUUCAUGAUGGUCAGCUUCCACGCCCUCACAACGAAAGCGACGCACAGGAGGUCCUUAAAAUAGCCAAUGGGCUGGCUGGAGGUGCAGAGGAAAAGGUUGAACUGGAUGAAAAGAUCAUCAAGGAGCUCAGCUAUCAAGCCCGCGGGGAUUUGAACCCGCUGGCUGCGCUAUUCGGAGGCAUUGUAGCCCAAGAGGUCAUGAAGGCAGUAUCUGGGAAGUUCAAUCCUGUUCAUCAAUGGCUCUAUGUGGACUCGCUGGAGUCACUUCCCACUUCUGUCACUCGAUCGGAGGAGAACUGCAAACCCCUCGGUACGCGCUAUGACGGCCAAAUAGCCGUAUUCGGCAAAGACUUCCAAGAAAAGCUUUCCAACCAGCGCCAGUUCCUUGUUGGUGCGGGAGCUAUUGGAUGCGAAACAUUGAAGAAUUGGGCCAUGAUGGGGUUGGGCACUGGUCCCAGGGGUCAGAUUGUGGUUACUGAUAUGGACCAAAUUGAGAGAAGCAAUCUCAACAGACAGUUCCUUUUCCGAUCCAAGGAUGUCGGUAAGCUCAAGAGUGAUUGUGCUGCUGCCGCUGUUGAAGCCAUGAAUCCUGAGUUGCGCGGUAAGAUCGUGACGCUCCGGGACCGUGUUGGGCCUGACACCGAGAAUAUCUUCAAUGAAGAGUUCUGGGAAGGUCUGGAUGGAGUUACCAAUGCCUUGGAUAAUGUCGAUGCAAGGACGUACGUGGACCGCCGUUGUGUGUUCUUCCGGAAGCCUCUUCUUGAAAGUGGGACUCUCGGCACCAAGGGUAACACUCAGGUUGUCCUCCCUCACAUCACCGAGUCAUACUCGAGCUCGCAAGAUCCUCCGGAGAAAUCUUUCCCCAUGUGCACAUUGAAGAGUUUCCCCAACCGGAUCGAACAUACUAUUGCUUGGGCCCGAGAUCUGUUCCAGACGUACUUUGUCGGUCCUCCAGAGUCUGUCAAUAUGUACCUCUCGCAACCAAACUAUAUUGAUCAGACACUCAAACAAGCUGGCAAUGAAAAGCAGACUCUCGAACAUCUCCGGAGCUUCCUGGUGACGGACAAACCCCUGACCUUUGAUGACUGCAUUGUUUGGGCUCGCAACCAAUUUGAGUCACAGUUCAACAACGGGAUCCAGCAGUUGCUUUACAAUUUCCCAAGGGACUCGAAGACGUCAAGUGGUCAGCCAUUCUGGUCUGGACCUAAGCGAGCACCCACGCCAUCUAAGUUUGAUGGUUCUAACCCGACUCAUCUCGGGUUCAUCGUGGCAGCAGCGAACCUUCAUGCUUUCAACUACGGGAUUAAGAAUCCCGGGGUGGGCAAAGACUACUAUAGGAAGAUUGUGGAGAACAUGAUCAUUCCUGAAUUUAUGCCAAGCUCCAGCGUCAAGAUUCAGGCUGACGAGAAUGAGCCUGAUCCGAAUGCGGAGAGAGGCUCGUCUUUCACCGAUCAGGAUGAGAUUGCGAAACUUGUAUCUUCUCUACCGUCACCGAAAUCCCUCGCUGGGUUCCGGUUGAACCCAGUAGAGUUUGAGAAGGACGAUGACACCAAUCAUCACAUUGACUUUAUUACGGCGGCCAGUAAUCUCCGUGCAGAGAACUACGACAUUCCGCAAGCCGAUAGGCAUAAAACCAAGUUUAUUGCUGGCAAGAUUAUCCCAGCCAUCGCUACAACUACUGCCCUUGUAACUGGGCUGGUCGCCCUUGAGCUCUACAAGCUGAUCGAUGGCAAGAAGGAUAUCGAGCAGUACAAGAACGGCUUCGUGAAUCUUGCGCUUCCAUUCCUUGGAUUCAGCGAGCCGAUUCGCAGUCCAAAGGGCAAAUACAUGGGAAAGCAAGGUGAAGUCACCAUCGACAGGAUCUGGGAUCGAUUUGAGGUGGAGGAUAUUUCGUUGCAGGAAUUCCUGGACCACUUCUCCAACCUGGGCUUGGAGGUGACUAUGGUCAGUUCCGGGGUCAGUCUUUUGUAUGCCAGCUUCUACCCGCCGUCUAAAGUGAAAGACCGCCUCCCUAUGAAGUUGAGCAAGCUGGUAGAACAUAUCAGCAAGAAGGCUAUCCCAGACCACCAGAAGAACAUCAUCUACGAGGUGACUGCAGAAGACCAGACGGAAGAGGAUGUGGAGAUUCCCUACGUGAUGGUGAAGCUGGGCAAAUAGGUCUACGGUUCUUGGAAAGUAGUUUCGAGAAAGAAUGACGUGUGUGUAUAGAGCAGCUUGCUAUUUCAGGAAGUGAAUUAGAAUGGAUCGUCAGCGUAUUGUCAGC